CUCUUCCAAACACAGUCAGACACAGACAACUUUCUAUUCUUUUCAACAUGAGAUUCUCCACCAUCACUCUUUUGGCCCUUGGUGCCACUGCCUCAGCUUACGUUGUACCGAACCGACAAGUCGUUGAUAAUGCCGUCAAGGCACGCAUGCCAGAAGAUGAAGCCGUUCAAGCACGCAACCUCGUAGCUGCUCUCUCAGCUCGUGGCCUUGAAGCCCGCCACCACCAGGGUAACAAGGGCAAGGGCAAGAAGAACAACGCCCGUCAAGAAUAUGCCCAAGUUGAGACCCGCAACCCUGAGCCCCAUCACCAGGGCGGCAAGGGCAAAGGCAAGGGCAAGAACAACGCCCGUGAUGUAGACUCUGAGCUUGAGGACAUCGUAGCCCGCGAUCCCCACCACCAGGGGGGCAAGGGUAAGGGCAAGAAGAACGCCCGUCAAGAAUACGCUCAGAUCGAGACCCGCGACCCCGAGCCUCACCACCAAGGCAACAAGGGCAAGGGCAAAGGCAAGAACAACGCCCGCGACGUCGAGUCCGAGCUCGAAGACAUCGUAGCCCGCGAUCCCCAUCACCAGGGGGGCAAAGGAAAGGGAAAGAAGAACGGCCGUGACGUUGAGUCCGAGGAUGAAGACCACGAAGAUCUCGAAACCCGCUCCCCUUUUCCCCAUCACCAGGGGGGUAAAGGAAAGGGAAAGAAGAACGGCCGCGACGUCGAGUCCGAGCUCGAGGAUGUCGUAGCACGCGAUCCCCACCACCAAGGCAACAAGGGCAAGGGCAAAGGCAAGAAUAACGCCCGCAACGUCGAGUCCGAGGAUGAAGACCACGAAGACCUCGAAACCCGCUCCCCUUCUCCCCACCACCAGGGGGGCAAGGGAAAGGGAAAGAAGAACGGCCGUGACGUCGAGUCCGAACUCGAGGAUAUCGUAGCCCGCGAUCCCCACCACCAGGGAGGCAAGGGAAAGGGAAACGGCAAGGGUAAAGCCGCCGGCGCUGCCUAAGCCGUUCUAGUCUCGCCAUCUGAUUGGGGGGGUGUGCAAGAAUCCACCCCCCUGGAGACCGGAUCUCCCCCCCUUUUCCUCCUCCUCUUUUUUUUGUAUACAGAAACAGCGGACACAUACACUUGACAAUCCUGGGGCUUCUUACUCUAAUCGAGAUGAUGGAUUCAGCCGAUUGAUUGGAUAGUCCUUUUGACUUGUGGUUUUUUUGGGGGGGG